ACUGCUGUGACUAAAAACUCCCGCUUGCCCUGAGCGCGUCCUCGAAUUGAGUUAGCCACGCCCUUCGAAAUGUACAAUUGAUUGGCAGUUUCUACGGCAACUCCAGGAACGUGUCUACGUCAUGAGGUCAUCCGGGAACUUCGCAGUUUGAUUGACAGUCGUCAUGGUAACGUUCUUACUCGGCUUCCAUUUUGUUCCUUACUUUUUCUUCCGUGAAACAUUUGCGGUCUGAUUGCGCGCUGUGGAUAUUUAAUCGACUCGAGUACAAUCAAUCCGUUUGAUUAUCGAGCGGAUUCGCCUUCGCGUCGUGUUGAAGCGGAUGAAGGCGAGGACGGUGGUUCGAUGAGAGCGGCGGAAGCGGUUGGUCAUGUCUGAGGUCCGCCGGGCCGGUCCGCUGCGCAGGUUUGGAACGCGCGCCAUUUUGUAAAAUUUACACAAAAAAGGAAGAAGUAGCUGGAUGAUGAUGAGAUCUCCCCCAAGAGACACGGCUAGCUCCUCAUCUCUUAAUAUGAUGUUUUUAUCAAUUAUGAGUUUCAAAUGCGUGUGUCUUGUAGCGUUAUUACGCGACGCGCGUCACUGACAAGCCGAUGCCUUCUCGACGAGGGUCAAAAUGUAGCUGUGUUUCUGAUCGGAUAAGUUUGUGUUGACGGAGAGGCGCUGUUGAUUUGGAAAGGAGUUGACACAAAGUCAGACGACUCAGGGCUGAAGCUUCAUCGAACAAUUAAUUAAUCUACAGGAUUGUAAUAAAAAAAGAAGAUCGUCGGAUCGUGUGUGUUUAAACGUAUUAAGGAUAUUUUUUGCUCUCAUCAACAGAGGGACGCGUAGCAACAAGAUCCACACCAAUGAUCGUGCAAGUUGAAGAGAAAUCCGAACGUCGACCGUUGAGAGACCCUGCUGAGGAACCAGGGCUUUUCUCCCAUAUAUACAACUUCGAAGUUGGCUCAGUGGACUGUGGUUUGCAGAUGGACUCCUCUGCCAGAAUGAUAUGAGAUUUGCCAGAGGACGAUGCAUACAGGAGGAGAGACCUCAGCAUGCAAACCCUCGUCUGUCCGGCUUGCUCCCUCGUUUUCGUUCAAUGCGGCAGACGUGCAGAUGGCUGCGCAGAUGCCCCAUUCUCACCCGCCGUUCAGUGACGGCCACCAGGCAAGCGCUGACGCGCCGGCCCCAGUGCUGCCUUACGGCCCCCAGGCCCCGCAGCUCAACACCACCCAGGUGACUGCUGAUGUGGUGAUGUUACAAAGGCGGAUCCCCCAGUGCUUUCGGGAUCCGGCCACAGCUCCCUUAAGAAAGCUCUCCAUCGAAUUGAUCAAAACUUACAAACACAUCAAUGAGGUUUACUAUGCAAAAAAGAAGCGACGGCAUCAACAGGGACAGGGGGAAGACUCUAGUAAUAAGAAAGAGAGGAAAAUUUACAACGAUGGUUAUGACGACGACAACUUCGACUACAUUGUUAAAAAUGGCGAGAAAUGGUUGGAUCGCUAUGAAAUUGAUUCAUUAAUAGGCAAAGGCUCCUUCGGACAGGUUGUGAAGGCCUACGACCGCUUGGAGCAGGAGUGGGUUGCCAUUAAGAUCAUAAAGAAUAAAAAGGCUUUUCUGAAUCAAGCACAGAUUGAAGUUCGGCUCCUGGAGCUCAUGAACAAGCAUGACACGGAGAUGAAAUACUACAUAGUUCACCUAAAGCGUCACUUCAUGUUUCGGAACCACCUCUGUCUGGUGUUCGAGAUGCUGUCCUACAAUCUGUAUGACCUGCUUCGUAACACGAAUUUCCGUGGGGUAUCGCUCAACCUGACGCGGAAGUUUGCGCAGCAGCUGUGCACGGCACUGCUCUUCUUGGCCACGCCUGAGCUCAGCAUCAUCCACUGUGACCUUAAGCCUGAGAACAUCCUGCUCUGCAACCCCAAGCGAUCAGCCAUCAAGAUCGUCGACUUUGGCAGCUCCUGCCAGCUGGGACAACGGAUAUACCAGUAUAUUCAGAGCCGCUUCUACCGCUCCCCUGAAGUGCUGCUGGGCAUGCCGUACGACCUGGCUAUAGAUAUGUGGUCACUGGGCUGCAUUCUGGUGGAGAUGCACACUGGAGAGCCUCUGUUUAGUGGAGCCAAUGAGGUGGACCAAAUGAAUAAAAUAGUGGAAGUUUUGGGGGUCCCUCCCAGUCAUAUACUGGAACAGGCACCAAAAGCAAGGAAGUUCUUUGAGAAGAUGUCUGAUAGCACGUGGUGCGCAAAGAAGACCAAAGAUGGAAAAAGGUAUAAGCCGGCAGGCUCACGUAAACUGCACAAUAUUCUGGGUGUGGAGGCCGGAGGGCCAGGCGGCCGGAGGGCUGGCGAGUCGGGCCACGCCGUCGCAGACUAUCUGAAAUUCAAGGACCUGAUCUUGCGGAUGCUGGACUAUGACCCGAAGAGCCGCAUCCAACCGUACUAUGCGCUGCAGCACAGCUUCUUUAAGAAGACUGCUGACGAGGGCACCAACACCAGCAGCAGUGUGUCUACAAGCCCGGCACUGGAGCAGUCUCAAUCUUCUGGAACCACGUCUAGCACCUCCUCCAGCUCGGGAGGUUCUUCUGGAACGAGCACCAGUGGGCGUGCCCGCUCUGAUCCUACCCAUCAGCAUCGGCUAAGUGGAGGCCAUUUCAGUGCUGCUGUAGGAAUGGACUGUCACAACCUCUGCCCUCAGGCAAGGCAGGCGUUUGGGCCCUCCCUGGGUUGGGUGGGUGGAGAUGGGCUCCAGCAGGCAGCCGGAGAGACUCAUCCAGUCCAAGAGACCACGUUCCACUUGCCUCCCCAUCAGCCCAAACCCCUCCACCCACACAGCUCUCAUCACCAUCACCAUCAUCCCCACGCCCAUCACGGUCAGCACGGGCAAGGCCCGGCACGCCCACGCCCUCGCAUCUACUCGCCCUCACACAGCGGCGCCUCCACGCAGGACUCCAUGGAGGUUUCGCAUGGCCACUUGUCCAUGACCUCGCUGUCUUCCUCGGCCUCGUCCUCAUCUACAUCCUCGUCGUCUACAGGCAACCACCACCAUCACCACCCCCACCAGGCCUACCAGAGUCGCCCGCUGCCACUAGGCAUAGGCUACGGGCACGCCUUUUCCAACCCACGCCAGGAAACUGGCACAGCCGGACACGCCGCAUACCCACUCUCUACGAACUCGGGCUACAUAGCCGAGACUCAUAUGGGCCUGCGCCAGGGCCUGGACCGUGAGGACUCGCCCAUGGCUGGUGUAUGCGUGCAGCAGAGCUCAGUGGCCAGCUCCUGACUACGCUGAGAGGACCGCUUUUCCCCCCUCUGUGUGUGUUGGUUUUUUUGUUUUGUUUUGUUUGUUUGGUUUUUUAAUUUUUUUUAAAGAAAUACGCUGGUGUUUUUUUUUUUUUGUUUUUUUUUUUUGUUUUUUUGAAUAAGUGCAUAGAGAUUAAAAAGCUGCUGUAAAAGAGAAGGGGAGAUGACGACUGACGCCGCGUACGCGCUCAAAACUCUUCUCUGCUCACUUGCUGGAGGCCUCUGUUUCAGUCAGUUACCUUUUUUUGGCUUGGAACAUUUUUCAACUGAAUUUCAUUUUAUUAUUAAAAGAUGAUAUAAUCAUACAUUAUUUCCUUUUCACUCAGCUCUUUUUAAAUUGAGUAUUAACAUAUGCACCUUCCUGGCAGCCGUGAAAUUAAGUUUCCAUUUAAGGUCUGGGAGAAGGUCCAGUGGUCUUGAAAAUGGACGAUUCUCUGCCUGUAGUCACCCAGAAAUCCAAUGUGGUUUAAAAACAACAGAAAAUCUUUACCAACGGUUACUCUUUCAACUGCCAUUUUUUUCCUUCUUUUUUUCAACAGGCUUGUGUUUUUUCAUGUGCAAUUCUGAGUGUAGAAGAGCAGCAGCACUAGAGAGAGCAGGCAUGCUGUAUAGAGGGCGCAAGUGUCUCCUUUAAAAGGCAGAGUGUGGGGCGUCUCUCCCGUAGAGGGUGCAGUUUUGCGUCUCGCUCCUGGGCUGUGUGUGUCCGAGAGCAGCAGUCUACUGGUGUUUCUGUUUGGUGACGAGCUCUAGAGUGGGCAGUGGAGCGGGCAGGAGCCUUGUACUGGGCAGCGGUGGACAGCACGUUUGAAAAAUGGCCUUAUCACGCACUGAAUGAAGAGAAGCUGGACAUUUACCCUUAAACUGGGGAAGAUAGCUUUCCUGUAUUUUUUAAAAAUCUGGAAUACACAUAUGUCUUUACACAUGAUAAAUAGGAAUCAGAGUAUGAAAGUGGUUAUUUGAGGCCUUCCUUAUCUAGAAAUCUACUAUUUGGGAGUCUUUUUUUAAUUAUUAUUCCCCCUUUCUUUUUUCUUCUGGCCUUGUUAAUUAAUUCACAGAAGUAGUAUUGCAAGUUGAAUGGAAACAGCUACUACCAUGUCCCUUACUGCUUUUUUUUUUCUUGCUUUCACUUCUUUGCUUUAUUUUACUUUCAUUGUUUUUCAGCAUGUAAUUUACUUUUAAGCCUCUGCACUUUUUUAUUUUAUUUUAAUUUUUGUUUUAAACCCUGGAAAUCUUAACAUGCAGACGUUUGUGUGACUGCUUAUUUUGCCUCACAAUUAUGCUGUGAAUUUUAGGAGAGUUUAUUUUCCCUUUUGAUAAUUUAUUGUACCAAAGCAGUUUUUUUAUAGCACAUAGAUGUCUGUAACCAAUAAUGUAGCAGUUGUGCACUUUGAAACAAGGUGUAUCAGAUUUUUUUUUUUUAUGUCAGUAAAAUGGCUGUAUCUAUUGCUUUAUUGAAACUGGAACUGUUGUCAAUGCGGCAUAUUUACUGAGAGCUGGAUACCGAACAGUAUCCGUCCCCCACCCCCCUUUUUUGAUACAGGAAAAUCAUGUAAAACAACAGAAACACACCUCUUGUGUUGUAGAAUUUAGUUUUGCUUCAUUCUUUGAGGUGGAGGGAGGGUCGAUGCCCGUGCCGUUGGCUGCUCUGCGGGUUCCAGGGUAGCCACUGAGCAACUCGACGUGAGGACAAGGAGAAGCGGUGCGAUGCGUGAUCCAGUUAGACGCCGGGUUUCUGAGGUGCCUCGUUUUCUGGGUUCCACUGCCUUAAGUGUACAGCACCGUGCUCUCAUGAACAUACCGUGCCGAAAGUGCACCGAGCGAAAUGUACAGCCCCUGCCUGCUCAGCAAGCGAUUUUGUGAGUUCAGAUCCAACCUUCACAAGCUCAGAUGAAAGAGGUUGUUCCAGCUCGGGCUCUUGGUGGCUCAGGAGUUUAGGGAUGAUGUGUGUGAGCACAGCCUGUUCUACUAAAGUCGUCUCUCUAUCGCUUUUACUUCUCCUUUUUUCGCUUUUUCACUGAAGGUUUCUUCAUAUCCCGUCCUGCUUUCAAGCUCCCCUCUCUCUCUCUCUCUCUCUCUCUCUCUCUCUCUCUCUCUCUCUCUCUCUCUCCACGUGAGUGUGAUUGAUGCCUAUAAAUACAAGGUAAAUGGUCCUAUAGGGUUCUUGUUCUUGGCCAGCAGCAAAGGACAGCUAAUGGGAGGAGUCCAUGGAAAAAGAAGAAGAAAAAAAAGAAAAAAAACCCCAGGCUUCAGGUGUUUACUUUGUGACCCCAUUUUAAUAGCUGAAAUAGAAUUUAUGUACAUAUUUAUAUUUUUUUAAAUAAAGGAAGUUUAGAACUCA